UAUACUUACAACUCACACCUGAUCUAAACUAAACUGGCAAUAUAUGUUGAAAAAUAUAUCAAUGUGUACUCUUUUAGCUUCUGUUCCAUUUCCACCACACACACAACUAGAUUUCCCUACAAUAAUAUACCCUUCUCCGGCUCAUGAUAGCCUUCCCAGCGCACGUUAAUUCAACUACACACUCUCCCUCUACACACAAUAAAAUAAUAUACUCUCUCACACCACUCUCUCUCUAAACCUACACACAAUGGAGUCACGAGUUCUCUCUGGUUCAGCCACAAUCUCUGGGCUCCCACGGCUCAGGCCUCAAGCAAGUAGACUCAACGCCACCGUCACCUUCGCCGCCGCGACGCCGAACACGGCGGUGAGUGCCGGCGGGAACCUGUUAUGGGGGAGGCAGCUUCGUCCGGCUGUGCUGCUUGAAACUUCUCCCGCAAGAAAUCUCAAGUCAGUGCUUGCUAGCGCUGCUUCGUCUAGUGAUUCCAGCGGGGAGGCUAUGGCUCCGGUUGGGUUCUUCCAGAAGUAUCCUGCACUUGUCACUGGCUUCUUUUUCUUCAUGUGGUAUUUUCUCAAUGUGAUCUUCAACAUACUGAACAAGAAGAUCUACAAUUACUUUCCUUAUCCUUACUUUGUGUCUGUUAUUCAUCUGGCUGUUGGUGUGGUGUACUGUUUGGGGAGCUGGACUGUGGGUCUACCUAAGAGGGCUCCUAUUGAUGCAGACCUCCUGAAGUUGCUUAUCCCAGUUGCCGUAUGCCAUGCUUUAGGUCAUGUGACCAGCAACAUUUCAUUUGCAGCAGUUGCUGUGUCGUUUACUCAUACAAUCAAAGCUCUGGAGCCUUUCUUUAAUGCUGCUGCUUCUCAGUUCAUACUUGGACAGUCAAUUCCCAUAACUCUUUGGUUAUCACUGGCUCCUGUGGUACUUGGUGUGUCGAUGGCAUCACUGACGGAACUGUCCUUUAAUUGGUUGGGCUUCAUCAGUGCUAUGAUUUCGAACAUUUCCUUCACUUACAGGAGCAUAUACUCAAAGAAAGCCAUGACUGACAUGGACAGUACUAACUUGUACGCCUACAUUUCCAUCAUCGCGCUCAUUGUCUGUAUACCACCGGCCCUUAUUAUCGAAGGCCCUGUACUUCUUAAGACUGGUUUUUCAGAUGCUAUUGCUAAAGUAGGCCUUACAAAAUUCGUCACAGAUCUAUUUUGGGUGGGAAUGUUUUACCAUCUCUACAAUCAGUUGGCAACCAACACCCUCGAAAGGGUGGCACCCCUUACACAUGCAGUUGGCAAUGUGUUGAAACGUGUGUUUGUUAUUGGCUUCUCAAUUGUGGUGUUCGGUAACAAGAUUUCGACACAAACAGCAAUUGGAACAGCCAUAGCAAUUGCUGGAGUGGCAAUGUACUCAUUCAUUAAGGCCGGGAUCGAAGAAAAGAAACGACAAGCGAAAGCAGCUUAAGAAGCGUGAAGAAUUCUUGACAUUCAUCAAAGUGACGUUGUAGAUUUACAUGUGUUUUCCUUCCAGAGAAAGAGAUGAUAAAUUGCUAUUGUUGUGAAAUUUUCUUUAUAUUUGUUUCAUUGCGUGUCAGAGUACGUACAAAGGAUUGCUGAUCAACAUGCAAUCACUUCACUUUGACCAAAAUAAUGUAUCAUUCUGUCUGCUGUAAUAUAACAAAAAGAUUUCAUGCUUUUAAAUAGGUAAGAAUAAUCCUACACC